AUGUCACAAAACCAGGUGGGGCUCGUUGCUCCUACCAAUAAAGACGCUAGGUACCAUGCGCACGCACCCUUUCUUACCAAUGGCCGUCGUAAUGCUAAAAACGGGUACCUGGGGCUGCCAAGCGUGCGCAGCAGGAGCUCGCCGUUCUCAAUAUCUGUCGUUAAGACUGUCAGAUUUGAUUCAGCUGCUGCCACGGUGCUUGCAUCUACGGCUGGAUCCCUUAAAAUUGCCAGAAUGGACGAUCAAGCUUCUUUCCCCUUCAACAUGCAGGGCACGCGCCCACGCCUGUCUGUUCGACGCGCCCGGGACCCCCCAAGAACUCCGAGAGUCAGAUUUACUGCGAUCACCCAGAUUGUCAAGCUGAACCUGCUACUUUCCAUCGUCCUUGUGACUGGCAGUGAUUACUCCGCAACCCCUAAAAUUUGUUAUCAUAUGCGCAGACCUCCAGAUGCCAAAGUGACCUUGACUUAG